GCAAAGCACAAAGCGAAAGUCACAGAGAACGGUACCCAAAACACACCACCAGGCAAAAGCAAGGCACAAACCCAAAUUCAUUCUCUAAAAGCAAGCGAAGAAAACCUCUCCAGAAGCUUAAAAAUGCUUUCUUGAAUUUCAAACAUCCAUAAAUAUCCUCAAUAAAUUAAGCCCACCUGAAUUUUUAAGCUAUUUCUUUGAGAAAUCUACCAAAACCCAUCAUUAUCAUCAACCAAAAUAUGGGAACUUGUUUCAGUAGAUGGUUCAAGACCAGGUCCUAUGAAAUACCUAUAGACUCUUCCUCCUCAGACUCACUUCCUUACCAGUCCAAACCCCCACAGAAACCCACCCAGGAACCCUUUUCUUCUUCUCUUCCAUCUCCACCACCCAUUCUUGGGAAACCUUACGUUGACGUAACCACACUCUACGAUCUUGAUAAAGAACUGGGUAGAGGCCAGUUUGGGAUAACUUAUCUUUGCACAGAGAAGGCUACUGGGUUGAAGUAUGCGUGCAAGUCUAUUUCAAGGAGAAAGCUUGUGGAUGAUAAGGAGAUUGAGGAUGCUAAGAGGGAGGUUUUGAUUUUACAGCAUUUGACUGGACAAGCAAAUAUUGUUGAAUUCAAAGGUGCAUAUGAGGACAAGCAUAAUCUGCAUUUGGUGAUGGAGUUGUGCUCUGGUGGUGAGCUUUUUGACCGGAUUAUUGCGAAGGGGAAAUAUUCAGAGAAAGAAGCAUCCAAGAUCAUUAGACAGGUUGUGAAUGUGGUUAAUGUGUGCCAUUUUAUGGGGGUUAUGCACAGGGACUUGAAGCCUGAGAAUUUCUUGUUUGCAAGUAAGGAUGAGGCAGCCUCGCUUAAAGCCACAGAUUUUGGACUCUCCGUCUUCAUAGAGGAAGGUAAAGUGUAUAGGGAUAUUGUUGGAAGUGCAUAUUAUGUUGCCCCUGAGGUAUUGCAGCGGAAGUAUGGGAAGGAGAUAGAUGUCUGGAGUGCUGGAGUCAUUCUAUACAUUCUGCUCUGUGGGGAGGCUCCAUUCUUGGCUGAGACUGAGAAAGGCAUAUUUGAUGCAAUUUUGAAGGGCAACCUUGACUUAAGUAGGUCUCCAUGGCCUUCUAUCUCUUCUCUAGCAAAGGAUCUAAUCAAGAAAAUGUUAACAAAGGACCCUAAGAAACGGAUCACCGCCGCUGAGGCCCUUGAACAUCCAUGGUUGAAGGAGGGUGGCGAGGCAUCUGACAAGCUCAUUGAUAGUGCUGUUCUUUCUAGGAUGAAACAGUUUAGAGCUAUGAACAAGCUCAAGAAACUUGCCCUGAAGGUAAUAGCAGAGAACCUUUCAGAAGACGAAAUUAAGGGAUUAAAACAGAUGUUCAAGAACAUUGAUACUGAUGGAAGUGGCACAAUCACUUAUGAAGAACUCAAAGAUGGAUUGACAAGGCUCGGAUCAAAGCUCACCGAGCAAGAAAUAACGCAGCUGAUGGAUGCUGCCGACGUUGACAACAGUGGCUCUAUUGAUUACAUAGAGUUUAUCACUGCUACGAUGCAUCGACACAGGCUUGACAAAGAAGAGAAUUUGUACAAAGCUUUCCAAUACUUCGACAAGGAUAAUAGCGGGUUUAUCACAAGAGAUGAACUGAGGCAAGCUAUGACUCAAUAUGGCAUGGGAGACGAGGCCACCAUUGAUGAAGUCAUCGACGAUGUUGACACUGAUAGAGAUGGAAAAAUAAAUUAUGAAGAGUUUGUAGCCAUGAUGACAAAGGGUACAAUAGAUUCUGAUGGAAAACAGAGAUGAAGUGGAUUUUGUAUACAUACAAUGUGAGAGGAAAGGAAAGAAAAAAAAAAAGCUAAGCCCAGAGCUAUUGGGGCUAGUGUAUGAUUAUAGAAUCAAAUAUGUAUAUGUUGCUCCUGAUGUCAAUAAAUUCUCACACUGAAUCCAUUAUGAAUGAAUUACUGUAAUGGUCAAGUUA